ACUACGUCAUUACAUUAAAAUGACUGUCGUACAGUAAGCUGUCAAAAGCUUGUUGCUUAAAUCUUUGCAGCGCUGCAAAGUGGGGAAGAAAUUAGGUCGGACAAGCUUUAAUUCUUGGUGCAGGGCAGGAAUUAGACGGACUGUUGAACAGACAUAUUAGGGACACUUGACAUCUUGUUUUCCGCUAGUUCAGUCGCCGUUUUGUCCGUGUGUCCUCCUGGCUGCUGCUGCGUGAUAUCCUUUCCUAACGAUGAGAUCAGCAAAAGAAGUGCCUUUGAGAAGACAAUCCCAGUCUGAAGUUGGUUCCCAGUCAUAGCUGGCCUAUGCUCCUUUUUUAAAGACCAAUCUAAGAACUAGCAUAUGAAAUCUCGACAGCAAACCUUUUGGUGCAAGUUUGCACACAUUCAGCACCAAGAGGAUUACUGAACUUUAGCCAUAAGAAGAAGAAACGGAGAGAAGAAAAUGACCUAAGAACGUUUUGCUGAAAUAACAUCUGGACCUGAAUUUUUAAAAUUUUUUUUAAGUACAAAGCUGCAUUUACACUUAGAUGUUGUAUUAAUCUCCAGCUUUUAUUGUGAGAUUUCUUUGAACCGUGAGGUUGACAUUUAGCAUUUACUGUGUAGUGAAACCUCUUGGACAUGGCGCUAAAUAUGUCUUCAGUAAGAGACACCAAAUGGCUGACAUUGGAAGUCUGUCGCCAGUUUCAGCGGGGAAACUGUUCACGCAGUGAUGAGGAAUGCAAAUUUGCACAUCCGUCCAAGAGCUGCCAGGUGGAAAAUGGAAGAGUCAUUGCCUGCUUUGACUCUUUGAAGGGCAGAUGCUCAAGAGAAAACUGCAAGUAUCUCCAUCCUCCUUCUCAUCUGAAAACCCAGUUGGAGAUAAAUGGGCGCAACAACCUUAUCCAGCAGAAGACAGCUGCUGCUGUGCUUGCUCAGCAGAUGCAGCUGAUGAUCCCCGGACCAAGUCUGCAACCUGUGGGACUUGGCACUAAUACCAGCCUUGGUUAUGGGUCAUAUAUCACCCCUUUGAACCAUGGAAUGAGUUUCAUUCCCUCAGACAUCCUCUCCAGCACCCCAGUUCUUGUCCCUGGCAGCUCAGCUGUCACGGUCCAGUGUUCCUCCUCCUCCUCUUCCUCAUCUUCUUCUUCUCCAUCACAGAAGCUGCCGCGUGCAGACAAAUUAGAGGUGUGCCGGGAGUUUCAGCGAGGUAACUGCUCGAGAGGGGAGACAGAUUGCCGCUUUGCUCAUCCCACUGACAGCCCAAUGAUUGACAGCACCGAUAAUACAGUCACUGUUUGCAUGGACUACAUCAAGAGCCGCUGCUCCAGGGAGAAGUGCAAGUAUUUUCACCCGCCUGCACACUUGCAGGCCAAAAUCAAAUCCAGUCAACAACAAGUCAGUCAGACCGGGGUGGCAGGCCAGGCCACAGCUGCAGCCAUGACUCAGUCGACCGCCAAAGCAAUGAAGCGACCCCUCGAGGCAGCUGUAGACCUGGCCUUCUCACCCAGCAUCCUGCAGCCCCUACCAAAGAGACCAGCCCUUGAGAAGAGCAGCUGGGCCAGCUCUCUCCUUUCACCCAGUUUAUUGCACUACCAGCAGGCUUUGGCUAAUUCACAGUUACAUCAGGCUACAGCAGCAUUUUAUCCUGCAGGUUCUGUCUUGUGCAUGACUCCUGCUAACAACAUUGAUCAUCCUCAAGUAACCAUCAGAAACAGACGUCAGUGCCACUUCGCAGCAGUUAAAGGUCCUUUACAACCUCCGUACAAACAAUCUGCUAGCAUCACACACAGCAUACAACAACCUGCAUGUUAAUAAUGUUGCUACUGAAAUGAGGGUUACUUUGCAUUAUAGAAGCUUUGCUGUAAGUGCACGCUUUUAUGCCUGUGUUAAAUGCAUUUUCAAUAAUUUGCGUGAUGCGUUGCCCCCCCUUUGCCGGUUCUGUUUAAGUCAAGGAUGAAAGUAUUUUGUCUCAUUAUACUCAAUGUACAGUAACCUGGUCUGUUAAAAAGGCAUUUCUGAACAAUUUCAAAUAGAAAAGUCACAAACAGCGGACAAAGAACUGUAAAUACAAUAUAAAAAAUCUUCUUUUGAACUAAUCUCAACACAAAGAAUAGAGCUCUUACUUGUAAACCAUUUUAAGUAUGUAGAUAUUUAUGAUUGAAAACAUUGAGUUUGGUCACAGAAAUUUCAGGUUGGUCCUAUAUUGCAGAUUGUUUUUAUCUUCUUGAAUGUGCUAUUUAAUUAAAGGUUGUUUUUUUUUAUGACAAUUUCAUAGUGCCAGACUUAAAUAUAUUUAACAAACCAGUGGAAAGCACUUAUUCUAACUUUUAACCUCAUGUUGUGUAAAAUGAUAGCUGGCUUAUGGACAUCCCUUUAAAAUGCUCAGAGAGAUCCCCAGAGAACUGGAUCAGUGCUCCACCUUCUGGUGUGCCUUUGCAUUGCAUGGACAGGCUCUAUGCUGAGAGAAAAUAAUAAUAUAAUUACAUUUCAUAUAAUUAUAUUAUUGAUUAUAUUAAUAUAAUUAAUAUAAUUAUAUUGAUUAUAUUAAUAUAAUUAAUAUAAUUCAUCUGAUGUCAAAUAGUAGACCCACUCAUAAAACGUUAUGUCCUUUUAACAAUAUAAACUUCAUAUUACAUCUGAGAUGCUUAGAAGAUACGGUUUAAACUAUAGGAAGAGCGGCUACAGACAUGAAAGAUUCCUAGGAAUACAACUGCUAAUAUUUAAACUAAAAUUGUUGUGUGAACAUUGUCAGAACUGUUUUGUUUGAAUGUUACAAGUGCCUAAACAAUCGUAGGUAGAAAUGCAAAACACAGUCCAUAUUUUCACAAAGUAUAGAAGUUACUUUCUCUGAGCUUAGAUUUUAUUUUGAGUGUCUGGAACUUUCCUGAAUCUUAUUAGUUACUUUCUCAAACGUACUGAGUUGCUAUAGAAUAGGAGCAGCAUUUUGAAGUGACUUGGGACUUCUCUUGAAUUUACUAUGUUUUAAAUCAGUCCAAGUACCUUGCAGAUACCCAGAAACAACCCAACUCAUAAUAUACCUGAAAAGAGAACUUGGUAAGUUCUAGUACCUGGUAAAAUCCAGAAAGGUUCCAGGAAAAUACCUGGUAAGAUCUGGAAAAGUUCCAGGAAAGUGUCAAGUUUUAGGAAAGGACGACCUCUACGUUUCUGAAAAGUAAUCUCUAAAUCCAGUGAAGAGCAGGCUGUAUUUUAUAGUGCUACUGAAUUGUACAUGCAAUGACAUCUGAGAAUACUUAAAAUGUUUUUUGUGAAAAUCACUUCAGUAAUGUACUAAUUAAAUCACUGAUGUUUGAGAUAGAUUUCCAUGCGUAGUUUGCAGUGCAAUGUCAGUGCAUUAGUAUUUUCUCGAAAUUCAAAUAAGGUUUUGUCCUUAAGUAAAUAUCUCACCGAUGUUCAAACAGGUGUGUACUUUGCAUAGGACCUUACAUCCGGGUUUAAAAUUAUAUUGUUAAAAACUAUGUAAAAAAUACUUUUUGUUUUGAUAGAAUUUCAGAAGUAAAAAUUGUUUUGGUGAAAUGUAUUUGUGUGGUUAAACCAUCACAGCAGCCAGACUGACAUUUGUUUCUUUUAAGAGAAUAAUUUCUCUCUUGUAUAUUUGGAUUUUCUAUUCCAUCUUUUAGUUCUGGUUCUUACAAACCUUUGGCGAUUCUGCAUUCGUUUACCAUCCAUGAAUCAUUUUACACUUCAUUAGUUGGUACUAAUUUAAGUACACAUGGAUACUUUGCUAGUUUAGGACACUUAAAAUGUAUUCUAUUAUAUUUUAUGAUGAAUGUAAUUUAUUAAACUGACUUUGGAUCUGUUCAGUUCCUUCUAAAACCUUGACUUGUAGUUUUAGCCUAUUAAAAUAAAAGAAUCAGGAUAAAGAAGAAACUGAAAACAUUAAGCCCUUGUCACUGCCUUGUUACCUGUAAGAGACAACGAAUGUCUGUAUAAACAAGGCUGUUAAGUUGCUUGUUAUGUGCAGAAGUGCAUUGUACCACUUGUACAAAGGUCUGAAACAAAAACAGCUUGUGAUUUAAUGAUGCUAUUCGGAUUGUUUGCAUAGCACUUUCUUUUUAAAUGUUACAAAGUGCUUCACUGAGUAUGUCAGAUGAGUUGGUUCAGAAAGAUCUUUACAAGAUUUGAAUAAUAAAAUGUGUAACAAAGAAAUUAAGAUAUUUAAUUGGAUCUCAGGAAUUGAAGUGAUUGAAAACUUUGCAAAAUUAUGCACACCCCUUGAAAUUUUUACAUUUUCUUUUACUUUAAAGCCACAAACUUCAGUAUUUUAUUGGUAUUUAUUCAAUAAAUAAAGACAAAGUGAACAUAAAAAGGAUACAUGAUUUUGAUUCAUUUUAACAUAAGAUCAAAAACAUAUGGAAAGCAGAUUUUAAGCUCUGAUACGCCUGAAGAAAACUUAACAAUAACUAUUAGGCCUCCUAAGUUUCAUAUCUUUGGAUCUGCAAAGACCUCAGUGGGAGAAUCUUGACAACGCAAUUACUAAUGUUUCACUUUGCAAAUCUGAUCUUCAUGGAAGAGUGACGAAAAGCGGAAAGACGGAAAAAGUACAGUUUAAAGUUUGUUACAAGGCAAGUAUGGCACAUAGCUAAAAUCUGGAAGAAUUCACUUUGAUCAGAUGAGAAAAAAAUUUAACCAUUCUGCUUACAUUCAAAGUUGUAUGUGUGACAGAAAACCAGAGUCCUCCAUGAAAUACUUCAAGCCAUACUGUGACACCUUUUGGUUGUCUGUAGGGUAAAAAGACCAGAACAGCAUGUGGGAGACUGCAGUCCACUCAGUACUAUUACACCCCUGGGAUACAGCAAAGUUGUCACAGCUCUGUAUCAGCUGACAUAUGUAGGAGUGAGCCAGCUUUCUGACUCAAAGGGUGAUGUGGCGAUUUACAGCAAUCGUGCAUCACUUCACUCACAUCAUUUCUUGGUAUUAACACACCCCGCAGGGUUCGUGCUGGAGAGCACAGAGGUGGGAUAGAUCACUGGCUGUCAGCCAAGGGUAGACUCUUCAGUACCAUUUAUGCAUGAAAAAGGACAAAACUGGUAAGGCAUCACCUCCCCAAUGUGUUCAAAUACUCAGAAUGGAAGAUGUUGGACAAUCAUUUUCCUCUUGUUUUUCAAAAGCUAUGUUCUUAACUUGAUUUGUGAUUUAAGCACAGUGGUUUAUUGUGGUUGACAAAAUAUUUUUUGUGUGAAAAAGGAUUCUAACUUACCAUAUUGCCCUGAACAUACAGUUCAGUGCAAUACUGCUUGUGAAACAUUGUCAUGGCAGCAUUGACCCGGGAGGAUGCUGGUCUGAGUUCAAAUGAAGAUGCAAUGAACUAAAUAAGAGGGUAAUCCUGGAAGAAACACUGUUGGAUGCUGGAAAGGGUUUGAGAUUAAAGUUGAGUUCACGUUCUAGCAGGAUGUAGUAGCUUUCAACAUACAGUCAGAGCUACAGUCAAGUGAUUAUCACAAGAUGCAUGUGUCCCAGUCAAAGUCCAGACUUAAAUCUAUUUGAAAAGCUGCAGCACUUCUCAAUUAUGUAGUUUGUCUUUGUCUCUUACAUAAAAUCUAUUAAAAUACUAUGAAGUUUGUACUGGUAAUGCAACAAAAGUGAAUAAUUUUGGAAGAAACUGCAUGUAAAUUUAUUUACAGAACUAAACAAUCUACAGUGGAACAAAACACUAAAACUUCCUGCAUAUGUAGCCAAAUUAGCUAUCCCAAGACCUCACUAGUGUCUUUAAAAGUAAAAGUAAAACAUGUAAAAAUCUACCCAUCCCUUUUAAUUGAGAAUCUCAAAUCUUAUAUAAAGUCACUGAUGUCUCUAAUGCUAGUUGUGAGUGUAUUUCUUACACACUGCUCUAUUUAAUGCUGAAACAUUAAUAGAUCAGCAGCUGUAUUCAGUUUUAAAGUAUGAUUGCUUUAAACUUCAGUUUGUCACUAACUGUGGUUAUGAGAUUUUUUUUCUUUUUAUUUAGCUUUCAACUGUAAAGCAUAUUUCUGAAUAUUUGUGUUACUUUUAUGGACUAAGAGCUUAGCAGGAGGAGCAUGAGGCUGUUUUAGAGUUGGAUAUUUAAGACAUGAGGAUUUGGGCAUUAAGAAUGUUCAGUCUUACUGAAAGAAACACCUCUCUUCAGCACUUUGGCAACUGUCAAAUGACUAAGAUGAUUUAUUUGUGAUGUUUGCCUUAUCUUUGAUCUAUCCUGAGUUUGUAUUUGUUCUGAAACUAUUGCGUUGUUCAGUGAAAUAAAUUUGACAGAUGUUUUUGUUAAUAUUCAAUAAGUUUAGAGUUGUGGUUGCAGAUUGUAUGACGAACCCAAAUGACAUGCUGACAUGCCUGACGUUUAUUUGAUUGAUCGGCCUGGCAAUGUGUAUGAUUCAUUUAAAGAGUUAGCCAUCUCUUAAAGCAGCCAUUCUGGUGAAAUCAGGUUGCAUCCUGGUGGGAACUGUUUGUGCAUAAUAAUACAUUUCAUGUGGACAGUUUUGUUCAUGUAAAUUCAAAAUUGUGGAAAAUUUGAGAUAUUGCAAAUAAAGUAAUGUCAUAUACAUGCAA